AUGUCUAUCUCUGAAGUUGACAAGUACCUUUGGUUGGCGUACUGCAAGGCAGUACAAAAUGCUGUCGGUGGUCUGCCGGGACACAAGCCUGCCCUAUUCUUUACCAAGAAGGCUCAAAAGGCACCCGUUGCAUCGCCGGAUGUUGAUCCAGCCUAUACAAACUAUGGCAUCAACAACAUCAUCAACAGUUUUCUCCAGACAAAUGAUCUAUUCUUCGACCCAUCUCACCACAAGACCUAUACACAAUGUCUGCUUGAGUAUCUACUCUCAGUCAAGAUCGGCGACGGAAACCAGACUCGCAUAACUAUGACAGGACGGACCCUAACCAGCGCACUUGAUCAAGCUCUGCGUGAAAGAGAGCGUGCGCUAGACAAGUUUGAAAAAGAAGAAGGUUAUGGAUUAACUGGCGAAGAAGACUUUUCCCAGUGGUGGCCCUCGCACGCACCGGCAUAUUCUGCUGCCAAGUCAAAGGUCGACGCUGUGGCUGCAGACUAUAAAGCUCUCCUCCUUAGCACUGGAGGCCCAGCUGCUAGUCAGCUUGCGAGAGAUUUCAACAGAAUCAUCCAAGCUUUAAUUGGCGGACAAUCUGUUGAUGGAAUUACCAUGCCAGCUUGCCAUGCAUCCGCUGAAAUCACUCGAGAACUCCUCGAGAAAGAUAGAACACCACAUGCCAUCACAUAUGUCCCCGAGUUCAUCUCUCCACAGUAUACAUAUCAGAUUGAGCACUGGAUGAACGGAGUUGGCGACGGUGACUCUUCUACACAGAUAAAUGUCACAGAUGGAAAGCAUGUCAAUGAGUUUGACUUUGGCCAUGCUGCCACAGAUGGUUUUUCUUACGGUCCGUGGCUGUCAUUCUCCAGUGGUAAAGGAAGCACGAAUGAGAAGCCUUUGUCUUUUGGUUCUGUCGACACUGAUACGAACCUCGAUGUUCAAUUCUCAUAUGACGAGAUUCAAACUGUCGCGGUUCCAGCUGGUGACUGGAAUGUCCCCAGCCCUGGUCGACGAUACCAACUUUCAAGCACGGCCUCGGAGGAGUCUCGCAAGCUUGCCUUCCCAGAUUACCUCGUCGUGGUAAGAAAUCUCGGUUUCAAGAUCAGUAUUCGAGACGACAAGCUUGCUAGACAAGUCGAUGACAUGUUUAAGCAAGCCAAGGAGUCAGGAGGCUCUGUGCGUGUCUUUGGUAUACCUGCUACUCCAGAGGGCGAUCCUGACAAGGCUACCGAGGAUAAUGCGCACAUCGCCGAGUGGGAUCGAGGGAGUGGAAUGCUCUUGGUUCGGCCUACGACUGAUGCGGGUUUCGCUUCUGUCGUAGCCCUUGUUGGUGAGCUUAAUAUCAGUCAGUAG